AUGGCUUGGAGAUUUGAUGUGAUGACAAAAACAAUUGCAAAUUGUGUCCGUCAUUGUAAGAUUUGGUCUGAAGAUAUUGAUGUUCCCGAAUCAGAAAAUGGACAAUUACAAGAAGAUAUCCAAGGAUUAACUGGAGUCAUUUCUAAUUUACGUUAUAGAAAUGUGAUGGACGUCGAAUAUCUUUUAAACUAUCCUAAUGAGAAUGAUGCAGUUGUGGAAUCUCCAACAAACGAAGAAAUUAUUGAGUCAGUAAUGAAUGAUGAGAAUGAUCUUGAACCAGAUGAUAGUAGUGCCAUACCAAAUGUGUCAUCUAAAGAUUCCUUUCAAGCGAUGGUUACUUUAAAAAUUUACUUGCUACAACACGAGCAAAAUAUUCCAGAACUUGUGCAAGUAUUGCAUAAAAUUAAGGAUGCGGUGCAUUUUUGUUUGGGUGGAAGAGAAAGACAAUCAACCAUAGAUGAUUUUUUUUGA